AUGGCGGACGAGAAGAAAGAGUCCUCGGCGGGGUCCAUUGCGACCUCGCCAGCAGUGGAGACCCGUGUCGAGGACAAGUACACCAUCAAGGACCACUGGAAGUGCCUGGCAGCAUGCACGCUGGUGUCGCUGUGCCCCUUUCAGUACGGCAUCGACUUCGGUCUGAUUGGCGGUCUGCAGGCUAUGGUUGGCUUCCUCAGGGUGUUUGGCUACCAAGACCCUGCUGUCCCCGGCGGAUGGAACAUCUCGACCGACCGGCAGCAGCUGAUAUCCUCGCUCAUGACGCUCGGCGCGUUCCUGAGCUCGUCCACGGCCGGCUUGAUUGCCACCUUCAUCUCGCGCAGGAUGACCAUCUGGUCGGCCUGUCUGCUGUGCAUUGUCGCCAACCUGAUCAUGAUGCUGACCACCAACAUCGGUGGCUUGUAUGCCGGCCGCCUGCUGCUGGGCCUUGCCAACGGCAUGUUCAUGACUUUCUCGCAGCUUUACAUCCAGGAAUGCACUCCUGCCCGCUACCGCGGCCUUAUGAUCUCGUCGUUCCAGGUCUGGACCUCGGUCGGCUCGCUCGUCGGCACCAUCGUCGACAACUUCACGGAAAAGAUCGACGGCCGCGAGGCCUACCUGAUCCCGCUCGGCCUCAUCUUCAUCAUCCCCGUCAUCAUGUCGUUCGGCAUGCUGUUCAUUCCCGAGUCGCCCCGCUGGCUCGCCCAGCACGGCAAGCUGGACCAGGCCCGCAAGGCGCUGCGCUGGCACCGCCCGGGCACCGAGGCCGAGAUCGACCAGGAGCUCGCUGACAUCCAGGCCGCCCUGGAGACCGAGAUGUCCAAGGAGAACAGCGUGGCCGUCUGGGACAUGUUCCGCGACCCCGUCGACCGGCGCCGCACCAUCCUGGCCGUGUGCGCACUGACGGUACAGGGCGCGUCCGGCGCCAUGUACAUGAUUGCGUACGGCACCUACUUCUUCCAGAUGGCCGGCAUUGGUGAUGCGUUCGCCAAUUCGUGUAUCCUGAACGCCGUCGGCAUCGUGGCCAUCCUCAUCAACAGCGCCCUCAUCACCCACUUCGGCCGUCGCCGUGUCUUCCUCGUCACCGGCCUCACCUUCUGCGGCAUCGCCCAGCUUGUGACCGCCGCAGUCUACCAAGCCAACCCGGGUGCCAAGUCCACGGGCCAGGCGAUUGUCGGUCUGGCGGUCGUCUACAUCCUCGGAUACAACGGCAUGAUCGCCACGUACGCCUGGAUCUCGGGCGGCGAGUUGCCGUCGCAGCGCCUGCGUUCGUACACCUUCGGCCUCGCCACGGCCGUGGGCUUCUUCGCCGCCUGGCUUACUACCUUCACUGCCCCCUACUUCAUCAACCCAUCGUCGCUCAACUGGGGCCCUAAGUACGGCUACAUCUGGGCGCCCUCGUGCUGGGUCUCUGCCCUCUGGGUGUUCUUCUUCCUCCCCGAGGUCAAGAACAGGACACUUGAGGAGAUUGACGAGAUGUUCGAGGCACGCCUGCCCGCGUGGAAGUUCCGCAAGUAUGUGUGUGUCGGCCGUGGUGCAACCAAUGCUGGUGCUGCGUCUGGAUCGGAUGAGAAGGAGACGACCGAGGUCACGCAUGCCGAGCUGGGCAAGGCUUGA